GGUCGUAGGAGUAUUCGGGGCGCCCGGGGGUUCACUCGGAAGCCCCAAACACGGCGACGCGGCUCUGCGUCUGCCGAAAGUGCGGUUCAGUCGGAGGACACGAGAGUGUUCCUGUCGGAGAGGGCCUGUAGGGCCGCGAGGCCUCGAGUCCUCGGAGCUGUCUCGAAGCUACGGACGCGAUUACGGGAGCCUGGUUCCCGGCGGGUUGGCGCGACGGCAUUGGUUUUCGGCAGGAGAGCCUGAAAAACAUGGCGAGCCUCUAGAUGACUGGACGUUGUACGUGUAGUCAGCAUAAAAAGCCGUAAACUCAUCGGUUAGGCGUCGUCAUCGUCCGGCGCGAGGACGAACGUUCUCGGAAUCCAGGGUGGACGAUUUGCAGUGUCCAUUGUAGAUCGACGAGUUCGAUCGAGAAGGUUCGGCGAGCUUAACCUUCGACGAGGAGAGUCGAAGUUUGAAUAUUGGAAGAUAUAUAUUUUCCUCUCGAAAGUGAUCUCUUCUUCGAUGAGAGAAUAUUAUAAACGUUAAUUAUAUACAUAUUAUAUAUAUACUGGAGACGUGUCGUUAAUUUGUUCCUGGGGAAUGAAAGUUCACUUUACCUCCAUAGUUAUAGCAGUGUUGUAUCAUUGGUUUGUAUCAAAAAGAAUUAGAAUUAAGGUAUCAGGCAACUGAUCAUGCGUCAGCAUGUAUAGCUUUGAGGGAGACUACAGGCGCAAGCCACAACAGAAUCUGGCAGGAGCCAGCAGACGAGAUGAGAGGACUGUCCUUCUGCAGCACGCUCAGCUAGAGAGAUUGAAGAGGGAGCAGCAGCGGAAAAAGCAUGACGCUGCAUUGAAGAUACAGGCGCGCGCGCGCAGCUUCGUCACCAGGAGGCAGCAGUAUACACAGAAGAGGAAGGAGUUUGAUGAAGCGCAACAGGCUACAGGACGUAGGAACUUGAGUCUGGACGAGCUGGUGCCCUAUUUGAGGAAGCUCCUCUUCUUUUACAAUCGCGUCUCAGACACCAACAGACUGAUAUGGCUUCUGCAGCAUUUCCUGAAGCAUCAGAGAGACAUCAAGCUAAAGUCCAUAAGCUCAUCGCAAUGGUUGUGGCGAUUGCGGUGGAUCCUUUGCAUGUGUAUGCGGUACAACACAAAGACCCUCCCAGACGGAGCUUACUCCUUGGCGAUACCGUUGCGUGUUCUGGAGGCGUUCACCACGCGAGAGGACACGGAGAAGGUGCUACGCGAGAACAGUUACUGGCAAUUGGAGAGCAUAUUCGUUUAUUUAAUCCAGCACAGCUACUUCGAGCAGCUGAGAAAGCUGCUGGACGAGAAAGUGCCUCUGAUGGUGGAGGCAACGUCGGUCGCGCCCACCCCGAUCUCCAAGUGUCUACUCGACAUGCUCAAACGACCGCUGGACCUGAUCUCUUACGUGGACCGGAAGGAAGAAUUCUCUACGCUCGUGCUCCAAGAAAUGUGCAAGAGUGUGUUUUCUCCGAGACUGUCCGAUCCAAUCCGCAUGUUUGUUCUGCCGGCAUUGACGGAAUUCAAGACCUUUCCGUAUGUCCAGUUGAUCACCUGCGUCAAUCGUCUUCAGCUGGAAUCGACGAUAAACCUGCUCUACUGCGUUCUAUCCUUAGACUCGACAGAUCAAUUCUCCUGGUGCAGAUCCGAAGACGCGCUGACGAACUAUCUCCAAGUCCUCGCAUCUCUAAGCUCCACCAUCGUGAUGGCAGAACAGAGUGCCUCUGAGCAGCAGCAAGCCGCCGACAACGACUCGGACAACGAAUCCGAUGGGAACCUGAACGACCAGGAAGCCGACAUUCUGCGGAAGUGCAUCGAGAUGCUGAACGAGCAACAGCGGGUCAACUGCAUCCUCUCUGCGAUGGAGCAGAGUCGAUCCGAUCCCGCUGCGCUGUUGCAGCCCCUGUGUCGACUGUGUCACCACCUGCUGAUCACCAACAAGCUGGCGGUUCACAAGUACAAGCUUCUCUACAUGCUCGCCUUCAAGCCGCUGUUCCUCAAGCACCUGUGGACGAGUCUGGUGUCGAUUUGCCAGACUUCCCUGUUCGGCGGCACCGCCGCGGCGACGCCCCUGCUGCAGAUCAUCUCGCGCGGGAUCGCCCUCUCCGCGGAGGACACCGACAAGAUAGUUCCUCUGCUCGCGGUCUUUUGCUCUCUCUUCAGCCUGCUGAUUGCGACGUUGCACGACACCGAGUUCUUCCUCGAGCAGAACAACUCCGCGGAGCAGAAUUUGUCGAACAAUCGGCAGCAACAUGCCAUGCCGUUCACCAUCCUGGAGCUGGCGGUGCUGUCAAGUCAUUUGAAGGGCGUAUGUCUGGGUCUGGUGGAGCUUGCAUUUCCAGACACUCGACCCACGGUGCGAGACGAUUACAAAAACGCUGUGUUAGGGCCCAUGUCUACUGUUCAGUCUCGACACGACACACAGAUCUGGACCCAUCUGUUCAAGGUGACGGUGGGUCUUCUGCGCCAGUUGCACACGCGCGACCUCAGAAGGCAGUUUUGCCCGCCAAAUCACUGGAUCGCGUCCAACGUGGUCAUUCCCAUCGACAAGCCGCAGGACUUCGCCUUCCGUAGACGUCGACUCCGGGGAUACGUGCCCUUCCAGAACUUAAGAGCCUUCACAAGAGAAGAAUUCGAGGAAGGGCCGCCUCUCUCGGCUACAGAAGUGCGAACUCUGACGUUGCUCCGGGAGAUCCCGUUCGUAGUGCCGUUCAACAAUCGCGUCAUCGUGUUCCAAUCCCUCAUCUACAAGGACAAGCGGGAACAGCAGGGCGAGCUGACCCAUUUCAUGCAAGGUCCGUCGAUUCAGAUCUCCGUGAGGCGAAACUACCUCUACGAGGACGCCUUCGAGAAACUGUCGCGCGAAAAUGAGCCGGAAUUGCGGCUGAAGAUGCGGGUGCAGCUGGUGAACACCGCGGGACUCGAGGAAGCCGGCGUCGACGGCGGUGGCCUCUUCAGGGAAUUCCUCUCCGAGCUGCUGAAGACCAGCUUCGAUCCCAACCGCGGCUUCUUCAAGCUCACCAAGGACAACAUGCUCUAUCCGAAUCCCACGGUGCAUCUCCUAGUGGACGACUUUCCCAAGCACUACUACUUCAUCGGCAGGAUCCUGGGGAAGGCGUUAUAUGAAAAUCUACUCGUCGAACUGCCCUUUGCCGAGUUCUUCCUGUCUAAGAUCGUCGGCCGGCAGUCCGACGUUGACGUGCACCACCUCGCCUCCCUCGAUCCGAUCAUGUACCGCAAUCUGCUCUACCUGAAAAGCUACACGGGCGACGUGGCGGAUCUCAACUUGGACUUCACCGUGCUCAGCGACGAGCUUGGCGAGAGGCGAGUGGACGAGCUGAAGCCGUACGGCGCGAAUAUCCCGGUGACGAAUCACAAUCGCAUCGAGUACAUCCACCUGAUGGCAGAUUACAAGCUGAACAAGCAGAUUCGCGCGCAGUGCUUCGCCUUCAAGCAGGGCAUCGGCAGCGUGGUUCCGCUUGAUUGGCUGCAGAUGUUCAACAACAAGGAGCUGCAGGUGCUGAUCUCGGGCGCGCAGAUCCCCGUGGACGUGAAUGACUUGAAGCUGCAUACCAACUAUACCGGAGGAUACACGUCCGAUCAUCCGACCAUCACCGCCUUCUGGAAGGUCGUCGGCGAGUUCAAUGAUCAGCAGAAAGGCCAGCUGCUGAAAUUCGUCACCAGUUGCAGCCGUCCUCCUCUCCUAGGAUUUAAGGAACUCGAUCCGCCUUUCUGCAUCCAGCACGCCGGCACCAUGGAUCGUUUGCCGACUUCGAGUACCUGUAUGAAUCUGUUAAAGCUUCCUGAGUUUCCGGACGAGAAAAUCCUGCGCGAGAAACUUUUGUACGCGAUACAAGCGGGCGCGGGUUUCGAGCUCAGUUAGAGAGAGAGACCUCUAAACCUUGACUUCCGGCGACUCCGUUACACUCAGUAAAUGUAAAUACAAUGUGUAAUUAAACACGUCUUAAGAAGAGAAAGAAAGAUGUACUGAGAGUGAGAGGGAGAAAAAGAGAGAUCGUUUUGCGUUAUAUCUGUGCGGAAAAGAAGCGGAUUCUCAAAGAUUAUAUUAAUAUUAUAACAGGAGGGGCCAACUACUAAGCUAAUAGUAUCUAUCUACCGAAGAUUAUUGUCGACAUCACUUUGAUGCAGCUGCGGCCGUUUGUAAAGAAAAAAAUAAAUAUAUAAAAAAUGGGAAAAGAGGAUAUGUGCGGGGGACGUUUAUCAUGCAUAAACACAUUCGUACGGAUAUUUUAUUCGGUUUCAACUUUUCCUACCACCUUUGGCCUAUAACUGUAAAUGAUGUAUAUUUUUAUUGUUUUAUAUAUAUAUAUAUUCGUCAUGUGUGUGUGAUGUGUCCGAAAAAAACAACGACUGUGCUACUUUAUUUCAUAAUGUAUGUGAGAGAAUAGAUGUACGUAUUUAUGAGAUAUAUAUUGUUAAGUCUGUGUAAAUAAAAAUAUUUCAAAACGUUGGA